AUGGACGAGGCCCUAUCUCCCUUACGUGUCUUUCCAGCCAUUGCGAAAAAGCCAGAUGUUGUCAGAUGGGAAGAGGGUCUGAAAAGGAUCCUGGAGGCAUGGAUGCAAGAUCCCCGAUCACCGUUCUCUGCUGUGCGAAGCGAACUUGGGUCGGCCUUCUUGGAGCCGGACUCACCUUCUCCAGAUGGGGCGUCAGUCGACUCAAGCAGUUUUGGCGUCAACUUCGAGGUCAAGAAGAACAUUCUUGACUCGACAGCGCUGCCGCUUUUGACCGACCUUCACCGCCGUGGUGCGCUUCCGGCAAUUCUCUUCAAUUACGAUCGAGAUCACUGCGAGAGAACACUUCACACUCUUCAAGAUCAGCUCAUGCAUGCCGAGAGUACCUGGAAGGAUUCAAGUCCAGAAUGGAAGAGAAAGCUUGCCGAAUAUGAGAAAUGGAAGAAGGCAAACUCGCAGGCGAAUCGGGGUAAGGACAAGACGAACAGUGCUGCCAAGGGCCGUUCUCGAGACGAACCUGAGCUUUCUAAAAUCGAUUUGAUUCGUGAGUCGAGCACAGAAGCCAGCAGGUGGGAGAGCUUUGAUCCGGAAGCACCACUUGACUUAUUCUCAUUUGCGAAUCGGACGAGUCUGCUUGACUCUGAGCUUGCGACCUUGGUCGGACGCCUCAGAGACGCAAACUUGGACCCCGGAAUCAUCAGCGCUCUUCGACGCGGCAUCGCCGUGCACCAUGCGGGCAUGAACCGAGGAUAUCGGCAAACGGUUGAAAUGCUCUUCCGCAAAGGAUUCUUAACAGUCGUCAUUGCAACCGGAACAUUAGCCUUGGGGCUCAACAUGCCGUGUAAGACGGUUGUCUUCUUCGGCGACUCGAUCUUUCUGACCGCGCUCAACUAUCUCCAAGGAGCCGGGCGAGCUGGUCGCCGUGGCUUUGACCUUCUCGGAAACGUCGUUUUUACUGGGAUGCCACCUAAGCGAACACGCUUAUACCUAGGUGGGCCGUCGGACCAGAUGGCAAUUCAGCACCACCUGCGAUUUUCAAUUGAGUAUCUCCGACGACAGCACCUCCUGUCUCGCGACGGCACCCCUCUCAACUUUUCUGGCCUGGUUGGCCACCUCUACUUCACUGAAAAUGCCGUCUUUGCGUUCCACUCCCUGUUGAAGGAGGGUUAUUUCCAUCAGAUCUGCAGAGCUAUUUAUAGCAAUCCUGAGGGCGUUCUCCUCAAACUGGUGCUUGUUCUGGCACACUUAUUCUGCCGGAUACCAGUUCGCAACAGUAGCGAUGAAUGGAUUGCCAGCAUCGUCCACAAAUCCCCUUCAGUUGUUCUGCUGCCAUCGUUGCCGGGCGAGGCGGAAGAGCUUCUCCGUGACCAUAAUCGAGAAACCCUCGAAAUUUUCCGAGCAUACGUCAGCACCUUUGUCGAGCAGCACCUCAGUGGAUCGCCGGACACGCAGCUCCUUUCACCGGUUACGAGAUCCAGCAGCAGCAACACGAGCAAGAUGCGCCCUCGAUAA